AUCGUCCUAGUCAAGCAGACGCCGUGAGAUUCAGAUUGGAAGAAGAUGGCAGCGUCAUCGGAGGCAAAAACCGUGCACUCGCCGCUGGUCACUUACGCUUCAAUGCUUUCGCUCCUUUCUUUCUGCCCUCCCUUUGUCAUUUUACUAUGGUACACGAUGGUGCAUGCUGAUGGGUCCAUUAUCCAAACAUGGAAUUACUUGAGGCAGAAUGGACUGCAGGGGUUCAUACAAAUAUGGCCAAAACCCACUGCUACAGCUUGGAAAAUCAUUUUUUGUUAUGGAGCAUUUGAGGCUGCACUUCAGUUGUUCCUUCCUGGAAAGACGGUUGAGGGCCCAAUAUCUCCAACAGGGCACCGUCCUGUUUAUAAGGCAAAUGGUAUGGCAGCAUACUUUGUGACAUUGUUUACCUAUCUCAGCCUUUGGUGGUUUGGUAUAUUCAACCCCACAGUUGUUUAUGAUCGUUUGGGAGAAAUAUUUUCAGCCCUCAUCUUUGGAAGCUUCAUCUUCUGUAUUUUCUUAUACAUAAAAGGUCAUUUGGCUCCUUCUUCGACUGAUUCAGGCUCAUGUGGGAACAUAAUAAUUGAUUUCUACUGGGGCAUGGAGCUGUAUCCUAGAAUUGGCAAAGACUUCGACAUCAAAGUCUUCACCAACUGCAGAUUUGGAAUGAUGUCUUGGGCAGUUCUUGCAGUCACCUAUUGCGUAAAACAGUAUGAACAGAAUGGAAGAGUUGCUGAUUCAAUGCUUGUAAAUACAAUAUUGAUGUUGGUAUAUGUUACAAAGUUUUUUUGGUGGGAAGCUGGUUACUGGAAUACAAUGGACAUUGCACAUGACCGAGCUGGCUUUUAUAUUUGUUGGGGGUGCUUGGUUUGGGUUCCAUCUGUGUACACUUCACCAGGGAUGUACCUUGCCAACCAUCCCAUCCACCUUGGAACGCAGCUCGCACUUUAUAUCCUAUUUGCUGGCAUUCUUUGCAUAUACAUCAACUAUGAUUGUGAUAGGCAAAGACAAGAAUUUCGCCGAACAAAUGGUAAAAGCUUGAUUUGGGGCAAAGCUCCAUCGAAGAUAGUGGCUUCAUACACUACAACAUCUGGGGAGACGAAAACCAGCCCUCUUUUAACCUCAGGAUGGUGGGGUUUAUCUCGUCAUUUCCAUUAUGUACCAGAGAUCUCAGCUGCUUUUUUCUGGACUGUCCCAGCUCUUUUCAACCACUUUUUGCCAUACUUCUAUGUGGUGUUUCUUACCAUCCUUCUCAUUGACCGUGCCAAAAGAGAUGAUGACCGAUGUCGAUCCAAGUAUGGCAAGUACUGGAAAUUAUAUUGUGAGAAGGUUCCCUACAAGAUACUUCCAGGAGUUUACUGAGUUAUAGCUCAUGCCCUGUGUUUGAGUCUACAAAUUCCCUGGUUCCUGCUAGGCACCAACGUGUGCUUGUUAUUUUUAUGGGAUAUUAUGGAAGGACUCUGGACCUGCUCCUGUCAAUGUAUAAUUUGACAUGCCCACUAUGCCCCUUUGUGCAAAAUUUCUUAGGGAUUAAUUUGUACAAGGCUGUUAUUUUCUUGUACCAAAAACAAAUUUUAUUUCAAGUUCUAUUUAUGGGUACACAACCGUAGACGAUUUUCAGAGAUAAAAUUCUGACAGGAAU